GCAGAGCUGUUGAGCUUUUCCCUUUUGGUAGGAAACUUAAAGUGCUUGCAUGGGCUUCCUGAUGCUUUGCUGUCCAGAGGAGUGGCAGAUUUGGACCAGAUUCCCAGUCACGGCUUUUCCAUAUGCGUGAGUCAUGGUGGCUUCCCAGUGCUGCUGCACCGCUCCGCUCAGGGGUGCAAAACAGGUGGCCGUUUCGCUGGUGGAGAAGAUGCAGGCUCAGGAGAUCCUGCGGAGCCUGCGGCUCCCCGAGUUCGAUGACCUCAGCCAGUUCUUCCGCAACCUGCCGGCCACGGCGCUGGUGGGCAUCGGUGCCUUCGCCGCCGUCGUCGCCUACUGGUUCGCCAGCCGGCCGCGGGCCGUGAAGCCGCCCUGCGACCUGCGCAUGCAGUCCGAGGAGGUGGAGGGCCUGGCUGGGGCGCGCCGSUCGGUGAUUGGGGACAGCCCGCAGCUGCUGACGCACUACUACGAUGACGCCAGGACCAUGUACGAGGUCUUCAGGAGGGGAUUCAGCAUCUCUGAGAAUGGUCCCUGCCUGGGGUUCAGGAAGCCCAAGCAGCCCUACCAGUGGCUGUCCUACAAGGAGGUGGCUGAAAGAGCAGAAGCUCUGGGUUCAGGCCUCCUGCAGCAGGGCUGCAAACCAUCCACAAAGCAGUUCAUUGGCGUCUUCGCUCAAAACCGUCCAGAGUGGAUCAUCUCUGAGCUGGCUUGCUACACCUACUCCAUGGUGGUGGUUCCCCUGUAUGACACCUUAGGUCCUGGAGCCAUUCGGUACAUUGUCAACACAGCUGACAUUUCCACGGUCAUUUGUGACAAGCCUGAAAAAGCCAGGAUUCUCCUCGACCAUGUGGAGAGGAGAGAAACACCAGGCCUGAGCUCCAUCAUCCUGAUGGACCCCGUUGAGAAGGAGCUGGUGGAGAGAGGGAAGCGCUGUGGGGUUCGAAUCCAGACCAUGCAGGAGGUGGAGGAUUGUGGCCGUGAGAGUCGACACGUGCCUGUGCCUCCUCGACCAGAAGAUCUGUCAAUUGUCUGUUUUACUAGUGGCACUACAGGAAAUCCCAAAGGUGCUAUGCUGACYCAUGGGAACGUGGUGGCGGAUUUUUCAGGCUUUUUGAAAGUGACGGAGAAAGUGAUCUUUCCGAGACAGGACGAUGUGCUCAUCUCCUUCCUGCCUCUGGCUCACAUGUUUGAAAGAGUUAUACAGUCUGUAGUGUACUGCCACGGAGGGCGAAUUGGCUUCUUCCAAGGAGACAUUCGCCUCCUGUCUGACGAUAUGAAGGCACUGCGGCCAACCAUCUUCCCCGUCGUGCCGCGGCUGUUGAACAGAAUGUAUGACAAAAUCUUCAGCCAGGCUGACACAUCCCUCAAACGUUGGAUUCUGGAAUUUGCUGCAAGACGAAAAAAGGCUGAAGUUCGAAAUGGCAUCAUUAGAAAUGACAGUUUGUGGGAUAAACUUUUCUUUAAUAAAAUUCAGGCGAGUCUYGGGGGGUGUGUCCGCAUGAUAGUGACAGGCGCUGCUCCUGCGUCCCCGACUGUCCUGGGCUUCCUCCGCGCAGCCCUCGGAUGCCAGGUUUAUGAAGGCUAUGGCCAAACAGAAUGCACAGCUGGAUGCACCUUUACAACUCCGGGUGACUGGACAUCAGGUCAUGUAGGAGCCCCUUUGCCCUGUAACUUAAUCAGAUUGAAGGAUGUGGAAGAACUGAAUUAUUUUGCUUCCAAAGGAGAAGGAGAGAUCUGUGUGAAAGGACCCAAUGUGUUCAAAGGUUACUUGAAAGAUGAAGAGAGGACAGCUGAGGCACUGGACCAGGACGGCUGGCUUCACACAGGAGACAUUGGGAAAUGGUUACCUAAUGGGACCCUUAAAAUUAUUGAUCGGAAAAAGCAUAUAUUUAAACUUGCUCAGGGAGAAUAUAUUGCACCGGAGAAGAUAGAGAAUAUCUACAUCCGCAGUGACCCUGUUGCUCAGAUCUAUGUCCAUGGAGACAGCCUGCAGGCCUUCCUGGUGGGAAUUGUGGUGCCUGAUUCCGAAGUUAUGCCAGGUUGGGCAAAGAAAAGAGGGUUUGAAGGAACRUAUGCAGAACUCUGUAAAAAUAAGGAACUACAGCAGGCAAUAAUGGAAGACAUGGUACGGUUAGGGAAGGAGAGUGGGCUUCACUCCUUUGAGCAGGUCAAAGCCAUUUACAUUCACUCUGAUAUGUUCUCGGUGCAAAACGGUUUGUUGACACCAACAUUAAAGGCUAAGAGACCAGAACUGAGAGAUUACUUCAAAAAACAAAUAGAAGAGCUAUAUUCAAGCAUCUCCAUCUGAAAUCACGGGAAGAAUCUCCUGAGUAAUGGACUUCAUAGCAAUAUUAGAAUAAUACUCAAAAAGUACAGAGCCAGAACGACACUGCUGAAAUGRAUAAGCAUCUGAAUCCUACAUUUGAGCCUUUCAUUUUUCUAGGUUUUCAUCACUAACUAUAUUUUCCCUUCUUUUUUCCAUCAGGUGUGAUACAAUUUCUUUUUUACUCUAUGUUCACGGUAGGGCACAACUAAGAAUUAUGCUAAAUUGCCACAAAAUAUGCAGAAAUUUCAAUCUAUGACCAAGUAAAUUAUGAAAGCAUAUCUUAUUAAUAACUACAAACAUUUCUAAUUAAAAUAGGGGAAAAUUCAGGUAUAUCUGUUGAUAUUUGAUUGUAUAUAACCUAAUACAUUGGAAACUAAAAUCAUGGAUAAUUCAAUAAUGUGGUCUACCUCAAACAAUCAGUGAUUGAUGGUGAAAGUAAAAGUCUAUUUUCUCUGAUUUGGAACUUCAAGCUGGAUAUUGGUUUAUAUAGUAAGUGAUAGUUUUUAUAUUUUUCAGGACAUAAAUGACAUUGAUUUGAUUUAAUCAUUGAUGACCUAACAACCAGAAUAGAACUAGGAAGGAGUCUCCCACUAUUUGUACUUACUAGACCUAUUAGUAUAUUACAUCUAAUGGAUUAAUGUUACCUUGAAAUUACAAGAACMGGGUAGGAAGCAAUAUGAUAGAAUUCCCUCUAUUUCCUUUUCAUCCAAACACAGUUUAUCCAUGGCAUGCUGAUUCUGCAUUAGGGCUCCUUCAGCCCAAUGCACUCAUGGACAUCUGAACUGCUCAAACUGAGAAAGUUGCAAAAGCACUGCUGGCUCUGUGGCGGCUUUYGUGGGAGUUCACGAUAAUCCAUAUGCUCCCAAUCCCUAAUUUAUUACUUUACAUGCUGCUAAUACUGCGUAGUCCAGCUGGACUAACUCCCUUUCAGAAACAGCGCUAAAGAAAUGGAGCACAAGGAAUAAGMUGCAAUUCUGGAUGGAGCUUAGCAAAAUGAAAGGGUUUGGGAAAAGGCCAGCCUGAGGUGCAGCAGUGAAGGGUACCCUUUGUCUGGCCAUGGAAGGGGAAGGAAUACUCCUCUGGAAGAUCCACGGGGAUGGGCUAAAGGCUGUAUUAGCCAUCGCUGUGCAAUGUGUCACCGUAUGGCAGAACACUGGACGUGGUGCAGAAAGGCCUGCUGAGGAAACAUCUUUAUGUUCAGACAUCUGGAAGMAGCAAGUCCCAUUGGCAUCACUCCCAAUGGCCUCUCUGGAAUAACAGCAAGUUGUCUGGAUGAAACCUUAGAUUUCUGCGGUCUUUAGAAAGGGGAUAAGUCUCACAAGGAGUAGGAACAGACUCUAGAGCUCUCUCUUGGUACAAAGCAUGGUACAAGGCAAAGAGAAAACUGUCAUGUCAAGUUGCUUGAAUACUUGGAUUGUCGAUGGCUUCUUUCUGCUGGACAGGGUCCUCAAUAUCUGUGYKUAUUGUUCUAGCUGAUGUUUGUUGCACCAGUGCAUACUAGCAUGGAGCUGUGCCUGCUCGAUCUUCGCUAGGACAGUGGAAACACACUUAUUUUCUCUCUUAYCCUGGAAUCCACUGUAGACUUGAAGCUAAAAGUUUAAAUUUUUAAUCUAAACAGUCUCUUAUUUUCUCUUUGAAGUUCCRUUGCAUGCUUCCAAAUGAAAUAAAUCAAAUUAAUGAGUUAGUGUUAUACGAGGACUGAUUUAUUGCAGUGAUUUCAGAAUAAAAUGAUACAUAGGAAACCGUUUAUCAGUAACAUAAUGACUCAAAGAAUGUGGCCRUUUGAUUUAUCAAAUGUGCUUUUGUCUGAAUCCCUUUAUGCGCCUGAUUCCUCAUUCGAUUCCAGUGCAAUGACUCACAGCAGUCCAAAGCAAGUCAAGAAAUAUCUGAGAUCUGAUGGGAUCUUGUAUUWAUUUUUCACCAAUGUACGCAACAACAGCAUCCCUGGGGAGCUUGCAUGCGCCACGUCUGUGGAGGAUAGGAUAUUGCAUAAAAUCUGGCUCUUUAGGUCAAGUCAUAAAGGAUUUUCAUUUUGAUGGAGUUUAGUUCAUCUCCUUUUUGUAUCAGCCAAAAGACAGUCAUUACAUACGCAACUUUCAAAGCAAUGGAAAAUUAUUCAGUACAAUUUCCUGUCUGUUUUAAUGUGACAGUUUUAAAAUAAAAAAAUAAACCCAAACCCUAGUCAUCUAGGUAAAUAAAAAAAAAGCUAUUUUUUGCUGAUAUUUUUUUACUGUUUGAAUUUAAUUUACUUUUCUCCUAAGAUGAUUUCAGGCCUUUUUGAGACAACUAAACUCUGUCUAAGUAUAGAAGAUCCCAAUAUGAGUUUAUUUACAGCUUAAAUGGCUGUUAUUUUUACAUAUGUCAUCCUGAAUAAUAUGUCUGUAUUCUCCUAUUCAUAUUUGAUGCAAAAUGUCGGAUGCACUAGAGCCAAAGAUAUGAACACCAAAAGAAUAAGAAAGAAAAAAUGCAGACUUGGCCAUACUUGGAUGAUGCAAAAUCUGGGAGAAAUUGUUGUUUCACACCAAAAGUGUGAAUGCUGUUCAGAACUUGUGAAAAGUUAUCUAAAUAAAUUAAAAGCUCUCUUUUAUACUUGUAUAAUCAGAUUUUCCUCUGCAGGUCACUCUCUCUUGCCAUAAUUAUGAUGAUGUUUGURAGAGAUUAACACUUGAAAAAGAGACAUGAGUAAGGCAUGAGCUAGGCACAAUCCUGCUUCUUUCCAAAUUCCAGGAAUAUUUGUUUUGCAUGCAGCAUUCUUGAACUGAAAUGACCACCAAGGAAAAAUCCCCAGGGCUGUCCAAUAAUCAGUUGUUCGGUUUUGUUUGUUUUUUUUUUUUUUACCUUAAGAUAGGUAAUUACUAUCUAUUAUAGUUUCUAUUAUUCAUCUUAAAGAGUGGAGACUUUUUGCAGUCAGUUUUGCAGUCACAGUACUGCGUUCUUAGACACAUUAAACAUGGGAGGUUCUUCCUGGGCUUGGUGCUCUGCCUGUGGAAUCACUGGAAGACUUAUUCAUUUAUAUAUAAAAAAAAAUAAAAUACAUUUUCCAGGAAGAGAAUCUUGCUUAGUUAUAUAUUUUGUAUGUUCUUUGCUUCAUACAUUGCACAGAGAAAAAUUCAUUCUGCCAAAACAUACAGAGUUUGAGCAGAAACUGGACCAGAAUCUUUAACCCCGUGUAGGCAGGAAAUAUAUGGAAUAAUUCUGUCCUGAAAGGCACAUUUGCAGGUUAAAAUGCUUGAUGCACAUCAGGUGAGAGAGAGAGGGUGAGUUUUUAUUGAUAAAGUACCAUUUUGCAAUCUGUGCUCACUGUUAGUCAGUAUCUAUCAGCAACAGUAAAGUCCGGUCUCAUUUUUGCCAUGAAUAUAAAAAUCUUGUAUGUAACAAAAUAAUCUGAUUUAAAACUCUGGAAUGAAAAAAAAUUAACUUAGGGGUUU